AAAAUGUUGUUUUCUAUUUUUAUGGAGUUAGCGCCUUAUGUAAGUACUAUUCUACCGUUAUUGAAAACAUGCUUGUUGGAUGCUGUCCCUGAAGUACGUUCAGCUGCGGCUGCUGCACUUGGUGCUGUUGUUCGAGGCAUGGGUGAAACUUCUUUCUCUGAACUACUUCCAUGGCUUAUGUCAACUCUAACAUCGGAAACAUCAUCUGUUGAUCGUUCUGGUGGUGCUCAAGGAUUGGCUGAAGUACUUGGCGGUAUGGGAAUCGAAAAGUUACGUGUUGUUUUACCCGAUUUAAUUAGAACAGUUUCAUCUGAAUCUAAAUUACAACCACAUAUUCGUGAUGGUUAUUUAAUGCUAUUCAUUUAUUUACCAACUGUAUUUCAAGAUGAUUUUGCUGAAUUCAUUGGACCAAUUAUCCCUACUAUUCUUAAAUCAUUAUCUGAUGAAACUGAAUUUCUACGUGAAACAGCAUUACGUGCAGCUCAACGUAUAGUCCAUAUGUUUUCAGAAACAUCAUUAGAAUUAUUAUUGCCUCAAUUAGAACAAGGAAUGACUGAUUCCAAUUGGCGCAUACGACAUUCAUCUGUUCAAUUGUUAGGUGAAUUAUUAUAUCGUUUAUCUGGAUUAUCUGGUAAAGGAACUACAAAAACAACAAAUGAAGAUGAUACAUUUGGUACGGUUGAAGCUCAUGAACGUCUACGUCAAAUUAUAGGUGAUGAACGUCAUAAUCGUAUACUAGCUCGUUUGCAUUUAUCACGUUCUGAUCCUAUAAUCAUUGUCCGUCAAUCUGCUAUACAUAUAUGGAAAAUUGUUGUACCUAAUACUCCAAGAACUUUACGUGAAAUUAUGCCUGUACUUGUUCGUUUAUUAUUGGAUACUUUAGGAUCAUCUUCUCGUGAGCAUCAACAAAUUGCCGCUCGUGCACUUGGUGAUGUGGUACGCAAAUUAGGUGAAAGAAUCCUACCGGAGAUUAUUCCACUAUUAGUAACCGGCUUAGACUCUCCAGAUGCUGACCAACGACGUGGUGUCUGUACUGGAUUAAUUGAAAUUAUUCGCAGUUGUCAGUCUGAUCUGCUAUCAAAUUAUGCCGACAGCUUAUUAGAUCCUAUUCGACGUACUUUAUGCGAUCCACUUGUUGAAGUGCGUCGUAACGGUGGCAAGACAUUUGAACUAUUAUAUACUGCUAUUGGUAUACGCUCACUUGAUGGUAUUCUACCAGAUCUACUUGCUCAAUUAGAUGAUCCAGAAACUAGCCAUUAUGCGUUAGAUGGUAUAAAACAAUUAUUAGCUGUUAAAGGCAAAGCUGUUAUGCCAUAUUUAGUCCCUAAACUAACUCAUCCAGUGGUCAAUGUGAAAGCAUUUGCUUAUCUUGCGUCAGUAGCUGGAGAAGCUCUUACAAAACAACUUGGUCGAAUCUUACCUGCACUUCUACAAACUGUAUCAUUGAUGUCUGAGUCUGAUUAUAAUCAGAACAAUGAAAAUAAGGAUAUUGAAGAGGAAACAGAAAACGAGGAUUUAGAGCAUUGUGCUGCUGUCCUUGUAUGCAUUUAUGAAGCCACAGGAAUCCGUCAAAUUUUGAAUGAAUUAUUAUCUGGUUUGUCAACCACUGUAACAAUUGACGAAACCACAAAUAACACCACUACACAAAACAAACUUGUUCUCGGCUCUAGUGCAUAUCGACUUGCCUGUUUACGGUUACUACGUGCCUAUCUUGAGGCUAGUUUUCAAGAUUCUUCUGAUGUUGUAACGUCCAUUGUGAAACCCAAUGUAAACAACAAAUCUUCCGAUGAAGAUGAAACUGAUGAAUCUGACGUUGACGAUGAUGAUCUCGAAGAUGAAGAGGCAUCUGAUGACGGCUCGUUUAAUUCCGAUGAAGAUUAUAGUGACGAAGAUGAUAUGGACAAAGAUGAUGACGACAGUUAUGAUGAUGAUGAUGAUGAGAUGGAGGAAAAUCCUGAUGCUAAAGAAGUUAUAAGUCGAGUGUUGAAUGAAUCAUAUCCACUUGCUCUUCGUAAUAUUUGUCGUCUUUUAGCUUCUACUGACAAAACUAUUUUAUCGGAAGCAUGGAAAUGUUUAGAAACACUUUUCAAACGUUGGAACCCUGAAACAAUUACUUCCCAAAUUGGUGAUUUGCGUCAAGGUAUUCGUGGUGCUAUAUCAGAAAUGAACAAGUUAGCAGCUGCUAAUAAAAAUGAAGGUCAAAAAUAUUUGCCUGGGUUUUCAGAUCCUACUUUACCACUUGUUAGUUUAGUUAAAUUAUAUGCUGAGUGUACACUCCGUGGGCGUCCCGCAAUUAAAGAACCUUCAGCACAAGGAUUAUCAGAAUGCAUAAUUCAUGCGAAUGGAACAGCACUUCAAGGUUGCGUUAUCAAAGUUAUUGGGCCUCUCAUCCGUUUACUGGGUGAGCGUCAGACGAAUGUUGUUCGUGUUGCUGUGUUGCAGUCUCUUACUUCGCUUGUUAAUAAGUGCCCACAAUCUGUUCGUCCAUUUGUUACACAACUUCAGUCAACCUUCUUAAAAUGUCUUGGAGACUCACAUAAGCAAACGAGAAUACUUGGUGGUGAAGGGUUAUCAUCAAUUGUUCCUAUUACACCUAAACUUGAUCCUUUGUUAAUCGAUCUGGCUAGAGUAUCAUCUCAAACUGUUGUAUCACGUUUUCAUGAUUACUUGGAAGAUAUAUCAAGUGAGAUAGAAGAUAUGCUUCCUAAAUCAGGUGUUUCUGCAACUGCACAUACAUUGGCUGGUGUAGCAGCUUUUCCUGAUACUAGUUUACAGGCGUUACGUUUGUGUCUAGAACAUUCCAGAGGUCGUGCUGGACUAACCGCUUUAAAUACUAUACUUCACUCAUUAAUUCCAUUAAUGCGUUUACCAGAGUCUUGUGGUAAUGAAAUUCGAAUUGAAACAAAUCCACACAGAAAUAACAUUGUUGAUGACAAUGAAUAUAAUAGUGAAGAUAAUGAUGAUGAACAAGAAAGUGUCUUAGGAUCAUUUAAUCAAACUAAACAAGUAUUGAUCUCCUCGGAUCAACUGCGUAUUAUAGUUUCUUCAUGUAUAGGAUUUAUUGUUGUUGCUGCACAAGCCACUAUUGACAACUUUCCACAAAGUGACAAUGAGAAAAUACAGAAGAAACUUGAACUUGUUGAUUUAUUUGAACGGAAACUAUGCCUGUCUUCAUCCACCAAACAAGAUGUACAAUGGACAUUUAACCAAAGUCAAGGCAUUGCCCUUCUUAUUCCACUGAAGCAUACACCAAAAAUUUUAAUCAAUUCAGAGACCAUACAGUCAGGUUUUUGUGAACGCCUAGGGCAAUUCAUUAAACAAUUAUCCAUUCAUGAAAAUUCCGUCGUUUGUCAAAUAGGAUACAGAUGUAUUGGAUGCUUUGUCGGUUAUCUAACAGAGAAUCAUGAAGUGAAUUAUAAUCCUAAACUAUUACUGGAGCUACUUGGAAAAGGUUUCGAACAUCCUGUAAUCGAUGUGCGUCUAUUGUCUACAGUUAUAUCCAGUCAUAUUGCAUGGCGUGUAAAAUUACCAAUUCCGUCUUGGUUAUGUACAUUUUUGAUUAAACUUCUUAGCGGAAUAAAAGAUAAAAAUAGUGCAGUACGACUUGGAAGUGAAACAGCUUUGGCUGUACUCUGUCGUUUAAAUGCUCCAAAGAAUAAAGAUCAAAACCCUAAUUCUGAAUAUUUACAAGCAUGUUAUAACCUAUUGGAUAAUAAUACACGUAAUCAACUAGAAACACUUAUACAACAACGCCUUCGUAAACAAAAUUGGUCUGAAGUAUGGCGUCAAGGUUGCCCAGAUAUGGAUAAUACAAUUUGAUUGUAAACUCAUGUUGAACGCCACAAAAUUCAAGCCUUUCCUUGUUUUCUUAUUGUACAAUCUAUUCAAAUAUGUAUUUGAGUUAGUUGUAUUCAUACAUAACUAAGUUCAAACAUUCUGUUACCUUGAAUUUCUCGAUAUGUAACAUAUAUAUAUAUAUAUGUUAUAUGUAUAUAUAUGCGUGCAUAUAUUUGAUGUUUAUUUUUAGCUUUUAUUGAUUCAAUUUUCAUUAAAAAAACUUACAGCACAUAUCA